GGGUUAGAGCUAUUCAAGUCCGCUUUCAGGUUAUUUUCCCAAUUUCCCCUUGCAAGGAAGAUUUCUGGGCUCUCCUGUCUCCAUUCUCUGGGUAGGGGGAGUCCAAGCCUCCGUCCUGAGGAACGGAAAUGCGAGGGCUUUGGGUGUUACUCUAAAGUCUGCCCUUCACUUGCAUACCGGAAGCUGCCAUUCCCGCAGCGGAAGAGGCGUGACCGGGCUUUCGACUAGCUAUGUCCACUAACAAUAUGUCGGACCCACGGAGGCCAAACAAAGUACUGAGGUACAAGCCCCCGCCGAGCGAGUGUAACCCAGCCUUGGACGAUCCGACGCCGGACUACAUGAACUUGCUGGGCAUGAUCUUCAGCAUGUGCGGCCUCAUGCUUAAGCUGAAGUGGUGUGCUUGGGUCGCCGUCUAUUGCUCCUUCAUCAGCUUUGCCAACUCUCGGAGCUCAGAGGACACGAAGCAAAUGAUGAGUAGCUUCAUGCUCUCCAUCUCUGCUGUGGUGAUGUCCUAUCUGCAGAAUCCUCAGCCCAUGACGCCCCCGUGGUGAUACCAGCCUAGAAGGGUCACAUUUUGGACCCUGUCUAUCCACUAGGCCCAGCCUUUGGCUGUUCAACCUGCUGCCCUCAGCUGCCGUCCUGGACUUCCUUGAAUGAGGCAGUCUCAGUGCCCCCAGCUGGAUGGAGGGAAUCUGGCCCUUUCCUAGAGAACACCCUAGGCCUACCCCUCCUGCCUCCCUUCCCCUGCCCACUGCUAGGGGAUAUGCUAUCCAUGUUUCUAGGGGUAUCCAUUUGCUUUCUCGUUGAAAAAUGUUAAUAAUAAAGUUUUUCACUCUGGC